UGAAUGGUCAUGUUCAAACUCUACGUUUACUUGUGCCGUGGAAUGCUUCAAACUCACGCGGAGAUCAAGGUUUCAUCGUGCCACGUUCUGAGUUACUGACAAGCAUUAGGCAUAGAAACCUACCCUCUCUAAAAGCGAAACAUGGUGCGCAUUUCUCUAACUUUACGCGUCUCCUUCUUGGGGGUUUAUGGAUUAAAUCUGACAAACACUCAACCAGCCAGACAAAGAAAAGAAAAUGGGCAAGUCCAGAUACUGGUUCGGUCUGGUCAGAAGAAAGUUCAAUAGGAAAUCGCAUGGAGACAUCACUAUUUUUCAUAGCCCAAGUCCCAGCCAAGAAGCUAUCAUUGGAGUAGAGGAAGAAAUCUCCAACUGUGGUGACAGAAGCUCUGUUUCACUGGAGUCAUUUAAGAAGAAAGAACUAACCAAGGAAGAUAUUGCAGCCAUCAAAAUUCAAGCAAAUUUCAGGGGUCAUCUUGCAAGGAGGGCAUUUAGAGCACUGAGGAGUCUGGUUAAGCUGCAAGCGCUGGUGCGUGGAGUGUAUGUUCGAAGGCAAACACGCAUAGCCAUGCAUUGUAUGCAAGCACUUGUUCGAUUACAGAUCAGGGUUCAAGCUCGUCAACUCCUCAUCAGCCAGUGACUAACACAAUCUCUCUACUGUAAUUACAACUUCUAAUCGAACCAACAUUCAAUAAUACAAGCAGUGUGUAACAUUAACAAGUAUUAUGUAAAGCAUUAAAUUUUCCAUCAAAAGGCAAAUUAGAACCAUUUAUAUA